AUGGCAGACGCUGAGGAUAUUCAACCUCUUGUUUGUGACAAUGGAACUGGAAUGGUUAAGGCUGGAUUUGCUGGAGAUGAUGCACCUCGUGCUGUGUUUCCCAGCAUUGUAGGUCGUCCUCGUCACACUGGCGUGAUGGUUGGCAUGGGCCAAAAAGAUGCAUAUGUUGGUGAUGAGGCACAGUCUAAGCGUGGUAUUUUGACUCUCAAAUACCCCAUUGAACAUGGAAUUGUUAGCAACUGGGAUGACAUGGAAAAGAUUUGGCAUCACACCUUCUAUAAUGAGCUUCGUGUUGCCCCAGAAGAACACCCAGUUCUGUUAACUGAGGCUCCUCUUAACCCUAAGGCUAAUCGUGAGAAGAUGACUCAAAUCAUGUUUGAGACUUUUAAUACCCCUGCCAUGUAUGUAGCUAUUCAGGCUGUUCUUUCACUCUACGCUAGUGGUCGUACCACCGGUAUUGUGUUGGAUUCUGGUGAUGGUGUCAGCCACACUGUCCCUAUCUACGAGGGUUAUGCCCUUCCACAUGCCAUCCUUCGUCUUGAUCUGGCUGGUCGCGACCUGACUGAUUUCUUGAUGAAGAUUUUGACUGAGCGUGGUUAUUCUUUUACCACCUCAGCAGAGCGUGAAAUUGUUCGUGAUGUGAAAGAAAAGCUGUCAUACAUUGCCCUUGACUAUGAGCAAGAGCUGGAGACAGCGAGGACCAGCUCAUCCGUGGAGAAGAGCUACGAGUUGCCUGACGGACAGGUAAUCACCAUUGGAGAUGAGCGUUUCAGAUGUCCAGAGGUGCUGUACCAACCAUCCAUGAUAGGAAUGGAAGCAGCAGGAAUUCACGAGACCACAUACAACUCCAUCAUGAAGUGCGAUGUGGAUAUCAGGAAAGACUUGUAUGGUAACAUUGUCCUUUCAGGAGGAACAACCAUGUUCCCAGGAAUUGCUGAUAGAAUGAGCAAAGAAAUUUCUGCUUUGGCCCCAAGUAGCAUGAAGAUCAAGGUCGUUGCACCACCUGAGAGAAAAUACAGUGUCUGGAUUGGUGGUUCUAUUUUGGCAUCCCUUAGCACCUUCCAGCAGAUGUGGAUUGCAAAGGCAGAAUAUGAUGAAUCUGGUCCAUCAAUUGUGCACAGAAAGUGCUUCUAA